AUGAAGUGCAUUAUCCUACUUCUUGCCUGCGUGGCAUCCAUCAAAGCACAGCCAUUUUUCGGUCCCGGAGGUUUCUUGGGUUUGGGAUUGGGAAGAAUGGGUGGACUGGGAUACCUAAAUGGUGGAGGAUAUGGGGGAGGAUUGUAUAACAGUGGAGCCAGCGGUCUGUCCAACGGCGGGUUUGGAUCUUCAGGAGUGGGAGGCUACCACAACAUUGGUGGUCAUCACAGCAGCCAGACUUCUAUCAAUCGCGCUUCAAACACUGGUUUCCAUAACAUUGGCGGUGGCCAAGGAUACCAAAAUGGCGGAUACUUGGGCAACGGAUUUGACAAUUAUGCAAAUGGUGCUGGUGGAUACGGAAACGGCUUCGGAGAGGGGGGGGAAAACGAGGGGUUAUUACUCUAA